AACUGAAAUGAUUUAUCAAAUCUUUCCAAUGAUUGCUAAGAUAGAAAAAACUAAGAAUAAGAAUAUACUUAAUUCGCGACAUGCUCUGGAGUACUACUACCAAACCUUAUGGAACUAAUUUUUAGGAAAAACUAUUUGACUCAUAUACAGAAUGUCGGUGCCAUGCUAACAAUGUGUCCCUCGCUGAAGCUACUUGAUGUUUCUGAAAAUCAGAUCGUCAGUGGAUGGAAUUCCAAUUGCAAGUGGCCUUUGAAUUUGCAAGUUUUCAACAUCUCGUCCAAUUUACUGACAGAUGACGUGUUUGACUGCUUGCCAACAUCACUGCAGUCACUCGACGUAACAAUAAGAUCCAAAACGUUGGCAAAAAAAUAAUGAAGUUUGAAAACCUGAAAGAGCUGUACUUGAGUAACAACAAGCUGAGCACCAUCCCAGUUCAGCUGCCCCAGGUUCUGCCCUGGCUGAAGGUGCUGACGAUCCAUGGAAACAUAUUGUGGACAGUGGAUCCCUUUGUCCUGCAAGGUCUGGGUAAUCCUACCCUGCUAGACAUGAGGGGAAACCCAUUCCAUUGCAUGUGCGACAUCCGCCACUUUGUCACCUUCUGUGAGAGUUCCUCAAGAUUGUACAUUGAAGGAUGGCCAGCUAACUAUCAAUGCUCCAAUCCAGAGAAUGAAGUUGGUAAACAGCUGUCCUCGGUCUCCUACCCCACACUCUACUGUGACACAACAAUGAAGAGCGUGAUAGCUUGUGUUACCACAUUCGUGUGCACUGCUCUCCUGGUCGGGCUCUGUUGGUACCUAGAUGCGCUUUGGUACCUGUGCAUGACGUGGGCUUGGCUCCAAGCCAAGCGGCGGAAUUUCCUCUCAGAUCCAGAUGGAAACAAAGACUACGAUGCGUUUGUGUCAUACAGCCAGAACGACGCUGCCUGGGUAAUGGAGCAACUUUUGUCUGAGCUGGAGUCACACUCAGUACCACCGUUUCGACUCUGCGUGCACGAGCGGGACUUUGUUCCCAGCCACCACAUCAUGGACAACAUUAUUGACUGCAUCGAGCAGAGCCGCAAGACUCUCUUUGUCAUCUCACAAAGUUUCGUGGAGAGCGAGUGGUGCCACUACGAGCUGUACUUUGCGCAGCAGCGUCUCAUUGAGAACCGAGACGAUGCUUGAUAAGCAUCUGUUAGCCAAACCUACACACUGGCGCGUACACUAUUGUUUUGGGACAUUUCGUUAAUUGCAUAAAUUACCAAUGAAUUCAUUGAUGUCACACUACACAUUUAUAAGCAUCUAUGCUGCGAAUCUACACACUCACAUGAUAACUAUUGUUUUGAGAUAUUACAUUUAAUCACGCAAUUUUGCCCUCCAAUUAAUUGAUGUCCUACUUGCCAAUUGUUCAUUGUAGCUCUGUCAUCCCGAUAUGUUUGUUCCUUUCACCUGAAGAAGGCCACUUUGUGUUGUGGCCGAAACGUCGUGAGAAUUUUAUUGCUUUAUUUUAUUAUUUUAUUCUCAUUCUACGUGACUUUACCGAAAGAACCAAAGAAGACGGAGUAUCGCUGAAAGUUGUAAUCUACAUUUAUCCUUAUGUUUUGAGUCACUUUCAGAGUCAAGGACUGCGAGAAGUUGCAUUGUACUAAGCUAUAAGAGUUGUGAGAAGCUAAGAGGUGUGCGAAUACAUUUUAUGAGUUUUGGAGAGUGAGUGAGGAGCAGCGGACGAGCAGCUCACAGCAGGAGCCCUCCUGGGGGAAGGGCUGGGAGCGCCAAGGGUGCUUGCGCAAAGCAAGCUGCUGAGAGAGGGGGAAGCUGCGCGGCCACAGGCCUUCCGACUGAUAACAGACCCGGGCGCGCAGACAAUCUGCAGACGUGCUGAAUUGGAAGCCCCGAGCACACUCCAGCAAAAGUUGAGCUCGAGGGACGAUCAACAGUGUCUGGUGCCAACGAGGAAGACGCACUGCCGCCCAGCGGACGGGCUGCGAGCGCUAUCUGGCGACGGUACCAUCACGCACAUCAUCUCUGCCAGCACGGGAAACCGCCGCCAGCAUGGGCAGCGUGCUGACUCAGCAACCACCCCAGCGGUGGAGAGAGACUGAUGCGCAGCCGAGAGCGCCGUGUGUUCGACACACACACCGACCCAGUGCCCCCUGCUGGAGAUCUGAGGUAUUUUCGGUACAAGGAACUGCACCACGGAAGCCAUUGAUUCGUCAGAACCACAGCAGAAAUAAUACGUGGACAACUCAAACCAUACUGCCCGCUAUAAUUAUUGGACCUCUUGGUCACUGCCCACCAACACACAAACACACAACGCGCAUAUCAGUAAGAAUAAGAUUGUUCCAAUAAGUUGUUUUUCUUUUGCAAAGGGUUGCCAUUCCAAGGUAGUGUGUUAACAAUUAGCUGGUCGUGAAAAGCAGUAUUCUGUCCCUUGAGUUGCAUGAAUACGGUCGUUUAGAAGUAUUUUAGUCAUUCGUUUUCUCAUUAUCGCAUAGCCUUACCAAUGAAUUAAUUGAUGACACACUAAACAUUUAUAAGCGUCUAUGUUACGAAUCUACAUACUCACACAAAUAAUAUUGUUUUGAGACAUUACGUUUAAUCACACAAAAUUGCCCGUGAAUUCAUUGAUGCCCCAUUAUCCAAUUGAUAAGCAUCUGUUAGCCAAACCUACACACUGGCGCGUACACUAUUGUUUUGGGACAUUUCGUUAAUUGCAUAAAUUACCAAUGAAUUCAUUGAUGUCACACUACACAUUUAUAAGCAUCUAUGCUGCGAAUCUACACACUCACAUGAUAACUAUUGUUUCGAGAUAUUACAUUUAAUCACGCAAUUUUGCCCACCAAUUAAUUGAUGUCCUACUUGCCAAUUGUUCAUUGUAGCUCUGUCAUCCCGACAUGUUUGUUCCUUUCACCUGAAGAAGGCCACUUUGUGUUGUGGCCGAAACGUCGUGAGAAUUUUAUUCUUUUAUUUUAUUAUUUUAUUCUCAUUCUACGUGACUUUACCGAAAGAACCAAAUAAGAUGAAUCCUUGCAGUCACGAAAGCUUUAAAUCGAAAUUUACAUCAAAGCCGUUCGCAUUCUUUUUACAGUACUCUACAAUAAUACUUUUCAAUAAUAGUUUUGACGGUAAAACACAUGUGCACUACACACACAUGUAUUACGUACGGACAUAUACACACGGUUCUAAUUACAUUAGUACUGUAGUUUUUUUGGUGCUUAAAUCCACUGCUGGAUGAACGCCCACCGCACGCUGUGCGAGUGGAUCGUAGGGAUUUACUUGACCAGUCUGUUGGGGGCCGCCGCAGGCUGUGCACCGCAGGCGCCUCCGAACAACCACAUACUAUAUUACUCUCCUAAACACACAUACAUAGACCAUAAACAUAUAUUCCACGUAAUACUUUAUACACAUUUAAUCACACACGAUUGAUUAUAUUACACUUACACUCAAUUAACAUAAAACACAUACACACGUUUAAUUCUUUUAUGAAUUUAGCCUAAUUUGCAUAACAUUUACAUGCUUUCAUAAAUGUGCAUAAUUGCAUAUGUAUUUUUAUUUAUAUUUUACAAUUAAUUACAAAAAAAAACACAACACAGUAUAGAUGUAGUGGAGUAGAAG